AAUUCCUGAAAAGAUUAAUGUCGAAUGUCCCUAAUGCGGUGAAAUUUAUCUUUGAAGAAUCGCUUUGUUUCUAUCGUUGGCGGGAAUACUGAAACGUUGACAUUGUGAAACUUGAAUGUGACGCGUGGUGCGUGGUUAAUGUUUUGGCACGUGAGAAGAACGUAUUCAUGUUUUCGCUGAUCUUUUGGCUACCUAUUCUGGAAUUAUAGGACAGGUGUCAACCUAACGACAUGCAUACACCGCAAGAUCCGAAGCCAUAUUGUUCGCCGUAUGGGUGCCUGGGUUGACGAUCGUUACGCGGAGGAGGAGGCGGUCCCGAUUAACCAGGGCCCGAGAAGAAGGAAAACUUCGCGUAUCCUGGGCCACGUUUGCGAUGGUGGCGGUCCAGGUGCGAUCAGCCAGCCUUCAAAGAACUAUAUAUUGUCCGAAUCCCCAGCGUCGUUGUUGCCGUUACGCCGUCAGUUUACCAGACAGCUGUACGAAUGGCCGUGUUUACCGUUGUUUAAAUCAAGGACGAAACUAGACCGACUCUGGUUCGGUUCAGCCAUCGCCGCGGUUAUUCGUGCGAUUUAACUUUUUAUCUAAUGGGGUGCGUGCGUGUUACAAAGUGCUACGAGAAUAUCUAGAAUCGAAGGGAAGCAAAGAGAAAGUACGAAAGGAGAUUAUAGGUAACCUAUAUUAUUAUUAUUAAGAUAGCGACAAACAAAAAGAAAAGAAAUACGAAAGUCCACGAGUAUACUGUAAGAAAAAGAAAUCCCAAAGGAUCGUUAAACGGUCAACGAAAGAAAGGGAGUAGUAGUGGGUUCAAUGUCGCCACGUUGGUUAUCGGACAAUUGUGUUUAAAAGGGCAGCCAUCUCCUCCUCCUCCUUCUCUUCUUCCUCCUCCUUGGCAUCGUCAUCAUGGCUGAGUGGACCAAGUUCAACGGCGAGGAGAAGCUGACCGAAUCGAACGAAACGAUCAAAAGUGGAGGAAGUAUCAGAGGCGACACUGAUCACAGCGCCGAAUCGCGCGUUGACGCCAACAACGACGAGAUAGCGCCGCGAAAGAGCGACGAGGAGCUGUUGAUCGAAAAGAAACGUUCGUCGAGCCGAACGCUGCAAGAGAAUCCCCGUAAAACAGAACACCGUAAGAGCAGCGACGCCGCGUUGACAGAUCUGAACUUGAUAGUGAAGGAUGUGCCGCGGUUUCGGAAGAAUUCCGACCAGAUCGGUAUUCUUUCGGAGGAACAGUCGAAGUCCUUGAGCGAUCAGAGUUUCGAGAACGACGCGGCGACCGAGAAAUCCGAGGAUGACGAGGAUGGACGAUGUUUAGAGAAACCGUACAACAGCUACGACGAGCCUGGCUCCAAGAUACGGCACGAGGCUAGGCAGGAAUUGAACGAACUGUCGCAGAACUCCGUAAAAAGGCUGGACAGUCUGCACAAAGAGGAUGCUUCCAGCCCACAGAAGCGCAGGAGUAUGUUCACGGAAAGGAAUUCAAUCUUCGGCUCCCCUCCGAGGAUUAUGUCCUCGAAGAGUCGCUUGUCCUCCGAGAAGAGCACCGAGAAGCUGGUUAAUGGAAAGUCACUCAGGGACGACAAGCAACAACACCAUGUGCAGUUCAAUAAAGACUCGAAGAAGCAAUACACGCGGGACGAUCGUUCACAGCCAAGUCCUUCGAUACCCACGUCGGCGACCAGCAGUACAGAUGAUAAUUCCAGCCUGGACCAGCUAUGCGAGGCUACGCCGCCCGAUGGAGGAUGGGGCUGGGUGGUGGUCGUCGCCUCAUUUAUGGUCAAUCUCAUAGCGGACGGGAUCACGUUCUCGUUCGGUGUGCUCUACGUCGAAUUCUUGAACUACUUCGGCGAAGGGAAAUCGAAGACCGCCUGGAUCGGCAGUCUGUUCAUGGCUAUGCCCCUGUUAUCGGGCCCGGUAGCCAGCUUUUUAACGGAUCGGUACGGCUGUCGACGGGUGUCCAUAGCAGGAAGUAUUCUAGCGACGACCGGCUUCGUAAUCAGCUCCUACGCGAAUUCGAUGGAGGUUCUGGUGUUCACGUUCGGUAUUCUGGCCGGUUUCGGUUUGUCCCUAUGUUUCGUGGCGGCGGUGGUGAUCGUCGCGUAUUACUUCGACAAGAAGAGAUCGUUCGCGACCGGUUUGUCCGUGUGCGGAAGCGGUAUCGGGACGUUCAUCUUCGCACCGGUGACCCAGUAUCUGCUCGCCGAGUAUGGUUGGCGGGGGACCACGCUGAUUCUGGCCGGUCUGUUUCUGAAUUUAGCGGUGUGCGGGUGUCUGAUGAGGGAUCUGGAAUGGACGACCAUCAGGGCGAAAGCGAAAACGGAGGAGAGGCGAAAGAACAGAGAGAAGAAACGGAGCAGGAUACAGAGCUCCAGCGCGGACUCGGUCUCCGCGAAUAGUUCCCUGAACACACUGACGAUCAUGGAGAAUCUUCGGUUACAGGACGAGGAGGACGGCGAAAAGUUGUUCUCGAGCCUGGUCAGUUUGCCGACUUUCGUGAAAAACGGCGAGAGGGUCCCGCUAGAGGUGUUGGAGCUGCUUAGCACACGGAAGAAUGUUUACAAUGUGCUGCUGCAGAAUUACCCGAGCCUGCUGAUAUCAUCGAGAAGCUUCAGCGAUUCCGGGGCGCUUCACGAUCAGCUUAGCACCCCGUCGGCGAGGUUCGCGCCCACACCCAGCUCGUUGUCCGAGCUGAAGGUCGAGGAGAACAAGAACAAGGCCUCGCCGAACGACGAGCAGGCGACCUUUCAGCAACAGCAGUCGGACGCCGCGUGGCGUUUGUGGUGGUCGAAGAAGACCAAUCUGGAUAGCGCGGUGAGACGGUCCAGCACUCAGGAACACUCCAAGAGGGUGCCAACCGCUUAUCUGAAGGACAUCAGAGUCCAUAGACACAGCCUUACCUACAGAGGUGCCAUGUUAAAUAUAAAUCGUUACCGGCUGAGAGCGUCCAGUUGUCCGGAUAUUUAUAGAAACUCGAUGACCACCAUAGCGAAAACGAAACUGGUUUGGUACGCUGGAUUAUGGGAAUUCUGGGAUCUCGUCGUGGACAUGCUCGAUUUCUCCCACUUCGCUGACUCCCGUUUCUUGUUGUUCGCGAUCAGUAAUUUUCUGCUGCACACCUGGUACGACGUGCCCUACGUCUACCUGACGGACAACGCAAUCGAGAAGGGAUUCAACCAGACUGAUGCGUCCAUUCUUAUAUCGGUCAUCGGGAUCACUAAUACAGGCGGGGAGAUUCUUCUCGGUUGGGCAGGCGACAGAGCAUGGGUAAACGCGUCCAUCGUGUACGCGGUGUGCAUGGCUCUCUGCGGUGCAGUGACAGCUUUGAUACCCAUGGUGGUCAGCAGUUAUUAUUCACUGUGCGCAAUCUCUGGUGCUUUCGGGCUGUUCAUCGCGGCGAACUACAGUCUCACCAGCAUCAUCCUCGUCGAACUGAUCACGCUGGAGAGGUUCACGAACGCUUACGGCCUGCUGCUUUUGGUUCAGGGUGUGGCUAAUCUUAUGGGUCCUCCGCUGGCUGGGUGGCUAUACGAUAUCACGGGGACGUACGAUCUCUCUUUUUACCUGGCCGGCUUUUUUAUCGCGCUGAGCGGAGCGCUGCUGCUGGCGAUGCCUUUAAUUAGCCUGUGUCGCAAAUGCGUGAACGGAUCGAAGAAAGAAGAGACCGAUAGCGCUUUUUCGACCGUGAACACAGUUUAAAUUAGCCGUCGAUCGAUUCGGGAAGAGAAUAAUUUGUAACCUACGACGUACCAAAUAUACGCUUGAUAUAUUAUUAUCGAUCCAACGGAAUUUACGAAAACAACACUUCCAAUGGAAAAAAAAAAAGAAGGAAUUGCAAUUCGCCGCCGCCGUCUGUUGUUCGUUUGAAAUAUCGCGGCGGCCAUCUUUUUUUCCCCUGCGUACCGCUAUAAAAGUCACCAGUUUCACAUUUAAUUAAACAUUCGUGGUUCCUUCGUAGAAUAGCGAGCUUACAGGUACGUGCGAGACUAAUUAAGGCGUUCGAAGCGAUUCACUUACGAAAAGGUGUAAUAUCAUUUUCCAUCGUCCCUUUUACAAAGCAGUAAAGCCAUUUUUAAGUGGAAUUGGGAAAUGUAGAGA